CUGAUCCACUUUGUGCUCACACGCGUUCCAACUCUCGCUUUCUGCCCUACUCCACUGCGACAAAAUGCACAAAUUCCUUCCUCUGCUCGUCCUGGCUGUGGUGCUGGCCUGUGGCCAUGCCCUGCCCGUGGAAAGCGAACGCGAAGUGAUUGAGAUCCUCAGCUCGGAGACGAACAAGUUCGAGGAUGGCUCCUACAACUCCCAGUACUCGACGGCGGACGGAACCAGCCGGCACGAGGAGGCCAGCGUCGUCGACAAGGACACCGAGGAUGAGGCGCUGGAGGUGAAGGGCAGCUACAAGUACAUCAACGAGGAUGGCCAGGAGGUGGAGGUGCACUACACGGCGGGCAAGAACGGUUUCGUGCCCUACGGCUCCAUCAUCAACCCGGAGAUCACAGCUGUGGCCGAGGCAGCCAAGGAUCUGCCCAAGGAGCCCGAACAUAAGCCAAAAGCACUGCGUGAGCCAUAGGUUUGCAGCGUCCAAAUAAACUACCAAAAAAAA